ACAUUAUGGACGUUCACUCGAUCGUUUUAGUUUAGUCUUGUUAGUAGACUCCGAAGUGCGAAGUAGAUACUCCAUUUUUUUUUUAAACAAUUUGUGGAAGAAAAUUUUUUGAAAAAUGCGUUAUGCGUUGGCGAAUACAUUUGUAGGGAGCGCAAUAGGCGCUUCCGUUGUCUUAGGAAUCUAUUAUAUGUUUAAUGGAAAGGGUGAACAAGUUAAUUUUGGAUGGUUCCUUCAAGAAACUUCCCCGUACAUGUGGGCAUUAGUCGGAAUAGGAUUAUCAGUGGCUUUAUCGGUUGUAGGGGCAGCUGUUGGUAUUUACACAACGGGUUCAAGUAUAGUUGGGGCUGGGGUGAAAGCUCCCAGAAUUAAAACGAAGAAUUUAAUUUCAAUUAUUUUCUGUGAAGCUGUUGCCAUUUACGGUUUGAUUACUUCAAUCGUACUUUCUGGUAUAUUAGGGGAAUACAGUGUGACUGUGGCUGCGGAAAAUGAGCUUUUUAGGGCCACCCAAUAUACCGGGGCUUACAUCAUUUUUGGAGCUGGAUUAACUGUCGGUUUUGUAAAUCUAUUUUGCGGAUUAUGCGUUGGAAUCGUCGGUUCUGGUGCUGCUAUUGCCGACGCCGCGAAUUCAAACUUGUUCGUUAAAAUUUUAAUUAUAGAAAUUUUUGGAAGCGCUAUCGGUCUUUUUGGAUUAAUCGUAGGGAUUUAUUUGACUUCGAAAGGGACCAUGGGAGAUAGCAAAUAAAAAAAAGGUUGGAAAGAGAAAGUGGGAGGUUUUAGUUUUAUUAUAAAUAAUAAUGAUUCAAUAUGAAGUGUAUUUAUCGUGUAAAUAUCUAAAAGAAACUUGUUAAAGUAGUUAAACUGUUUUAAAAAAUAAAAAUUAAUCUAAAUA